AGCAUGUAUUUCCGUCUAUAUGUUUCGUCGUGGUCAGAAAGAUGGCAGAAUGGCAAUGUUUUGAAUAGGCUCGUAAAUAUGUCCGUUUACGCAACGCAAUGGAAACUUGUUGUAUAUCAGCAUUAACAUGAACGAACCCGUAAGCGCACGUUUUGUCCACAAAACGUUCAACUUUGAAAGCCACGACGGCACGCUUCCUUUGACUGUGUCUAUACCGGAGGUUCUUGAUCUUCAGUAUGGAAUGUAUGUGUGGCCCUGUGCGGUGGUUUUGGCUCAGUAUGUAUGGACUGCAAAGGAGAAACUACAGAAGAAAACUGUGCUAGAGCUUGGUGCUGGGGUGAGCCUGCCAGGUGUGGUGGCUGCAAAGUGUGGAGCUCAAGUGAUUCUGUCUGACAGUGCUGAGCUUCCUCUCUGCCAGAAUAACUGCAAGCGAUCCUGUGAGGUGAAUGAUGUAGCUAGUGUACCUGUGGUGGGUCUUACCUGGGGACAGGUAUCACCAGAGCUGUUGUCUCUGCCUCCUGUGGAUGUUGUCCUAGGAUCAGAUGUGUUCUAUGAGCCUGAAGAUUUUGAAGAUGUCCUUGUGACAAUUUCAUUUCUCUUAAAGCGGAGCCCCUAUGCUCAGUUCUGGACCACGUAUCAGGAAAGGAGCACUGACUGGUCUAUAGAAGCUUUGCUGCAUAAGUGGAACCUGAAGUGCAUUGAUGUUCCUUUGGAGACAUUUCAUGCAAAUAGAAACCAAUUAGCAGGAUCAGCUCUACCUGGGGAUCAUACUAUACAAAUGAUGAUUGUAACUGCAACAACUAAAACUUGAUUUAAUAGUGUACAUGAAUACAAUCUUAAUUGAAAUGUUGCUUCUGGAAUAUCUAGUUAUUCUAGAACAGCUGUUUAUGAAAUGUCCAAUUAUUUAAUAAAGUUUUGUUUUAA